UCUGCUGUUAGCUUAGCUUAGCUUGGAACAGUGCACAGGGUAUUAUUGCAGAAGCAUGGGUGUAUAGACGUCGCUUUUAUCCUCUGGAGCCUAUCGCACCAAUCACCUUGUUGGAUUCUCCCUAGUCCUUACCAGGUCAGCUUCCUGCCCGCUUCAUUGCGCUUUCUGAUCUCACGAUCUGCUUGGGGCCCGAGAAAGUGCUGGAAAAAAAUGAUGAAAUAUGGUAAAGAACAGAAUGAGGGUAAAGAUAUGAUGCCCUAAGCUUCUACUACCAGCUUUCAGUUUUGGUCCUAUUUUUGCGAAACUUGUCCCAUAUCCAUCUUUAACUGGAUCACCUAGAAGGAAAGAACAGCUUUCAAAAACUUUGGUUGCAUUGAUGCUAGAAGCCUUGAAUGGGGAGCUUUUUUUUCUCUCAAAGAAAUUCAGCUGUAUCAAGAUAAGCUAGAUGAGCUUUGUAAUAUACUGCAUGCCAUCCAAGAGUACUGAUUCCCUGAGAAAAUGAUUAAAUUUAAUUAUUCCUGAAGGACGUGACUUUCAAGAAACAUUGUUACCUUGCCUUUGCAGUCUGUGAUAAUCUUUAGUAGCAUAUGGCGGCUCUUACUCCUGUACAGCAUCACGCACUGACUCCGCUGAAAGUUUUAAGGGGUCUGGUGUGUCUAGUGGUGCUGUUUUCCACUGCAUUUAUAAUGUUAGUGUACUUUGGCUUUACUAGUGCUGUUAUAGUGCGACUAUUUAGCAUACAUUACAGCAGAAAGGCAACUUCCUUUUUCUUUGGUGCUUGGCUAGCUUUGUGGCCUUUCCUUUUUGAGAAGAUAAACAAGACUAAAGUCAUAUUUUCUGGAGACAUUGUACCGUCCAGAGAACGGAUAUUGCUGAUUGCAAACCAUAGAACUGAAGUUGAUUGGAUGUAUUUAUGGGACCUUGCCUUGCGAAAGGGAUGCCUUGGAUACAUAAGAUAUAUUCUUAAGAGCAGCUUGAUGAGACUUCCUGUAUUUGGUUGGGCAUUUCACAUACUGGAAUUCAUCCCAGUUGAAAGGAAGUGGGAGGUUGAUGAAUCAACCAUGCAUAGUAUGCUCUCUACUUUCAAGGAUCCUCGAGAUCCACUUUGGCUUGCUCUCUUUCCAGAAGGCACUGAUUUCACUGAGAAGAAGUGUGAUCGGAGUCAAAAAUAUGCUGCUGAACAUGGGUUACCCAUUCUGAAGCAUGUUUUGCUUCCAAGGACAAAGGGCUUCUGCACCUGCUUGCAGGAAAUGAGGGAUUCCCUGAAUGCAGUUUAUGAUGUGACCAUUGGCUACAAAUACCGCUGCCCAUCUUUUAUGGACAAUGUCUAUGGAGUGGAUCCUUCUGAAGUUCACAUCCAUGUCAGCCGAAUCUCCCUCGACAGUAUCCCAGAGUCCGAAGACGAAAUGUCGUCUUGGUUGAUGGACAGAUUCCGGAUUAAGGACCAAUUGCUGUCAAAUUUUUAUGGCCAGGGCCAAUUCCCUAAUCAAGUAACAGAAAAGGAGCUCUCUGAUGUGAAGAGUAUUUUAAACGUCAUGGCCGUUAUUAUGGUAACUGGGACGUGUAUGUUCUACAUUUUCUCAUCUGUCUGGUUCAGGAUCCAUGUUUCUUUAGUAUGUGCUUAUUUGGGCUCUGCUACCUAUUUCAAUAUUCGUCCUCAGCCAUUUAUUUGAAAUCAUUCUAUGAUUAUGUUGUUGUAAUAUGAACAUUGUACUACUUGCCAUUACAUGUAAUUUCAUCCCAUGGUUUUU